AUGUCGAAGGCACGUAAGAGAAAGCGUGAAAAGUGGUUGGAAGAAAUUGAUGCCGAAAGGAAGGCAAUAAAGAGCAAGUUGAAUGGUCGAUAUGGCCGAAAAGUAAGUUAUCAGCUUUUAGGUUUGAAAAGUUACUUUAAAGAUAAUAUUUUAGUAUAUAAAAGAGUUUGUCGGGCUUUAUGAUAUUGCAACAUGUUUAUAGGUGAUAUAGAAGCUUAUUUUAUUUUGUUUAGAUGAAAUUUUUAAAUCAUUAUCUUGUUUUAGCCAACAGAAUCACAAACAGAAGCAGUGCUUGAACGAUCAACGGGAAAGUUCAAGAAUCCAGGGAGUGUUCAGAUGCAAAGAAGUUUACAAAGUCAUUUGAAUAAGCUGAUUGUGGUAGGUUUGUGUUUUUACGCUUGUUGUUUGAUUUUUAGAGAUUUGGUCAUUAAUUCUGGAUAUUGCACUGGACAUCUAGGUAUAUAGAGUUAUAACUCAUUGUUGCAUGGUCUCACGUUGCUCAAAUUUUGUAUAGGGCUUAGUCGUUAACUUUAUUGUUUUUAUUCUUUGUAUUUUUUAGGUAGAAGAACCAGAAUAUUCCCAGCAAGCUAAGUGGUUAUGUUGUUUUUGUCAUGAACAAAGUUGUUUCGAAGAGCUUGGCGAUUUGUUUGGUCCGUUUUUUGUUAAAGGCCUAAAGCCGCCGGCAUAUCUUCAUAAGCCAAAUAGGGAACCUAGAGACGACUUUGAUUAUUUACCAGUUGGAGAGUCUUGGAAUUAUGACAUGUGGAUGCAUGGUAUGUGUGCUGUUUGGACCGAAGAUCUCAUUUACUUUGGAGGGAAGCUGUUGAACUUGGAAAAGUGCUUGGAGAAGUUUUGGAAGGAGGUAAAGGUUUUUUUAAAGGUUUUGUUCAGUUUGCAACGGCAAAGCUGAGCUAGGUUGUAUGAUUUAUUAACAAUAAGACUGAGACAUCUUUAUUGUCUAUGUUAACAUCAAAAGUGCUCACAACUUUAGUGUUUUGUAUCGAAAUCAUUUUAAUCUUAUAAAAAUUAAAACCAUCUUUAUAGAAGUGUAAGAUUUGUUUAAAAAUUGGAGCUUCAGUCAAAGAAUCCAGGUCCGGAGGCUAUGUACAUUAUCCAUGUGCCCUAAAAAUGAGUAAGUGCCAUUCUCAUUAUUAUCUUGAUGUUUAGAUUAUGAAUUCGACAAAGUUAUGAUGAAAUGCACAGGACCAGAGUCUAGGCCACCAUCUACGACAAGAAAACCGCGGAAAGGAAAGCGAUCUCAUUAA